GAGAGAGGGAGGGAGAAAGAGAGAGCGUUUGCAGGCAAUGUAAUUGACAAGGCUUGCAGUGGUGAAAUAAACACGCUCCAGCCCAGGCUCAGCUUUUAUUGCACAAUUCUGCCUUUUUUUGACGCAUCGCCCGUUGCCCGCGUAGACCUGAGAUCGAGUACCUACACCCGAUUAAUAAAUCCGUGUGAAAUUAUGUCCCGAUCGGCGAAGAUCCAGCCGGCAAGAUGAUGAUUUUACCACGGAGAGGCUCAGAUCGUGUACCCGACGCGGUGGUCCUGGUGAUCUUCGUGGUUGCCGCUUCUCUUGGUAUGGUUUUUGCCAAGGAUACUGCCUUUGUGGAAGUGGUUCUGUUCGAGUCCAGUCCCAAUGGAGAUUAUACUACGUACACGACUGGUUUGCAAGGACGGUUCUCCAAAGCAGGAGCCACUAUCAGCGCGGAGGGGGAGAUCGUUCAAAUGCAUCCUUUGGGACUAUGUAAUAAUAAUGAUGAGGAGGACCUAUAUGAGUAUGGCUGGGUCGGAGUGGUGAAGCUGGAGCAACCAGAGCUGGACCCCAGUUGUCUCACCGUACUGGGAAAGGCGAAGAGAGCCGUGCAGCGGGGAGCCACCGCCGUCAUCUUUGAUGUGUCGGAGAAUCCGGAUGCCAUCGACCAGCUGAACCAGGUUGCAGAGGAUCCUCUGAAGCGGCCCGUGGUUUACGUGAAGGGCAAUGACGCCGUCAAAUUGAUGAACAUUGUCAACAAGCAGAAAGUGGCCCGCGCUCGGAUACAACACAGACCACCGAGGCAGCCCACAGAAUAUUUCGACAUGGGCAUCUUCCUGGCUUUCUUCGUGGUUGUGUCGCUGGUGUGCCUCAUUCUGCUCAUCAAGAUCAAACUCAAGCAAAGGAGAAGCCAGAGCUCCAUGAACAGAAUGGCCAUCCAAGCCUUGGAAAAGAUGGAGACGAGGAAGUUCAAGGCCAAAGGAAAGGGCCAGCGCGAGAGCAGCUGUGGAGCCUCCGACUCUCUGAGCAGCAGCUCCACCUCCGACUGCGCCAUCUGUCUAGAAAAGUACAUCGAUGGGGAGGAGCUGCGAGUUAUCCCGUGUGCUCACAGGUUUCAUAAGAAAUGUGUGGACCCCUGGCUGCUCCAGCAUCACACCUGCCCCCACUGUAGACACAACAUCAUCGAGCAAAAGAAGGGGAAUCCAGGACCGGCCUGCAUGGACCCCGGCAACCCAGUGCACAGCCGGCAGCGGGUGGUGCUGCCGGUCCACUACCCCGGCAGGGUGCACCGCGCCGGCCAGGUGACCGCCUACCCAACCAGAACCAGCAUGGACCCCCACGGAAACCCCAUCACCAUGCUGACCGUGGACCAGCACCCAGAUCCUCAGGGUCUGUACACCCCCCAAUCAACAUCCGCCUUUCUGCGGAGCUACCACCCCACCCUCCAUCUGGACCACUCGGUCAACCCCCACCACUGUGGAUUAGAGCACCGCGGCCCCCCCGCCUACCCAGCACAGCCGCAUCAUGGUGCUUUCAAACGGCCAAAGUUCCAUGGUCGAAAUUUUUCCCGAGCAGCGUGCUUCUCGCAGUACGAGACUAUGUACCAGCACUACUAUUUUCAGGGUUUGACUUUCCCCCAACAGCCCGAGGGGGGCCAGGGGCCUACUAUGGCAGGGCAGCUUGGUGGAGGAGGGGGGGCCCAUAAGGGCCAACACAGCAGGGCCUUCCAGCAGGGUCUGUUAUACCCCACUGUGGUGCACAUGGCACCAGCCUCUGCUACAAGAAUCGGUGAUACUAGCAGCACUUCUGGCCUGAACUGUUACCACGGUCACCGCUCGGUGUGCAGUGGUUACCUUGCCGACUGCCCUGGCAGCGACAGCAGCAGCAGCAGCUCGGGUCAGUGCCAUUGUUCCUCCAGCGACUCCAUGUUGGACUGUACUGAGGUCAGCAACCAGGGAGUGUACGGCAGCUGCUCCACUUUCCGCAGCUCGCUGAGCAGCGACUACGAUCCGUACGUGUACCGGAGUAAGAGUCCAUGCAGGGGGUCUGUGGGGGAGGCCGGGGCUGCGGCGUGUGCCACAGCUCCUGCUGAGGAUUCCUCAUCCCCUGUUCCCUUGGGACACGACUGCCUGCAGCUCCCCCCCGGAGCUUCAGGAUAUAACUCGGGGGACCACCUCUCCAACUGCAGCUUGGAGCCCAACUACAGCAGUCACUCAUCACUGGAACCCAGGGAGAACAGCAACACUAGCACUACCUCAGCCGGGGCUCCAGAGCCCCCGAGAGCAGACAGGGGGAAGGGGCCACAGGAGGAGUCGGGGGAGCUCGGGGCUGCAGCCUGUAGCUGCUGCUUCGAGGGGCCCCCUCCCAAUGUGCAGUGCAAAGGGCAGGACUCGGACCAAGCUGGGUCUCUGACCUCAGGACGCUUUCACAGGGGGAUGGACUUUCACAGCGCCUCCUCCAAGAACUACUUUGCCCCCGAGCACCUGUGCCCCCCCUCGGAGCAGGUGAGCUACGAAGGGCUGCCUUGCUGCUUCUACAAAGAGCUGAAGGUGCACAGGGCCGCGGGGGGGCGCUACGCCGAGGACUACGCUGUUAAUGUGCAGUACGCAGACUCGGAAGCCUGUUCCGGGCAGGGCUGCUGCGAACUCAACCAGAGAAUACCCAUAAUUCCGGAGGACACAGAUUGUGAAUUGUGCCCAGGGGCAGAGACCCAAAGCAGUUUAUUACCCAUUAAUGUCCCAGUGGAGGCAGAGGGGCGGACAGCAGAGCAACAUGAGCCCAGGGAGAGGUAUUUUACCUCUGGACAAUUUAGAGGUCAGUCGUACCCUCUGGAGGAGGAGACCAGGGCUUUGUUUCACCCUCAGCUCUCUGCCAGCCCAGCUUCUUUGGGGAGCAGUACACCAUCAAAUGAGGGGGGUCUGGGUAUAUGAAUUUAGAGCCCAGUGAGAUGGGACUCAGUCUGAAGUAUGUAUUUGGUACCGAAUCUGUCAGUCAAUCAUUGAAACCCUCAGCUGCCUUGUUGUAACCGUGCUCUCUGAGCGCUGAAUGUUAUCAUCUUCGAUUGUGUGGAUUUCUACUGAAAUGGCCUGUCAUUUCUAGACAGUGUGUCAAGUUCAUUCCUGUGGCCAUGAAACAUCUCAGCACCAUGUUUUCAUAGCACUGAGACAAAGUGGAACUACAAAUAUAGAUGGACUGAAACUAGAAGUAGGUUGGUUUGGUUUCUAUCUGCUGCCAUCAAGGGUAAUUAAGUAAUCUGGGCCCAUUUCUUAAGAGAUUUUAGUUUCUAUAUCUUUUCUGCAAAAUCUAGGAAUUUGCCUUUUUUUUUUCUCCACAAAAAGAUCACCCUUAAUUCACAAACAUCUACAUGUAUAGGUGCACGCAUAAACACUGACUGCCUAUAAAGCUUCAACCACCAGCUCGAAUAGGUUGUACGGACAUAGCUAUACCAAAACAGAAAGACUUGAUUGUUUUAUUUUCUUUUACUUUUGUCAAAAGCAGGGAAAUGGGUCCUUUUUAAGUGUCUGUGACCCACACAUUUCUCUGAGGAGAAGAAGCUAUAUAUUACAGAAAAAUGCAUAGAAAUGUGAAUGCAAGGCUGACACUGGUGUCUAUUCAAUAUUAAUACAGAAUUUGUUUAUGCAUUGCAUUUCUGUCCAGCAGUGGCCUACCUGUAUGAAAUGUGCCAGAGCAACAUGGAAGCCUUACGCUGGGAAGCUGUUUGUAGCAAUAUCUAAAAGACACUGCGCCUCUUUGGGUUGUCUGAAGUGGCAGUGUCUCUGGGUCAGUAGAUGUUUUUCAGAAGC